AUGGACGCAGAGACCUUUUGGGAACGCGUGCCGCUGCUGGUGCGCGUCUUCACCGCGAGCUCCGCGACCGCGCUCUGCUUCGCGGGGGUCGUCAACCUCGCGAUGCCUGCCUGCUACACGACUGGCAUUGUGGGACUUGCACUCAUUUGCUUCGGCAUCGUCGGUCUCCUCUGCGAGUUCUCGCCCUACGGCCUCAACGUCUUGAUGGGCCUCUGUCCACUUCUCGGCGAAUACAGCUUCCGCGGCGUCCUCUACGUCCUCGAGUGCCCACCGGCGCCGCACAGCUACGACGGUCUUCGCUAG